AUGGCAGACCCCCGCGAGUCGUCGUCGUAUCGGGUCCAGCCCCGGAUCCGGUACAACACCAUUGGCGGUGUCAAUGGUCCUCUGGUCGUCCUGGACAAUGUCAAAUUCCCAAAAUACAAUGAGAUCGUUACCCUCACACUCCCUGAUGGGACAGAACGCUCCGGCCAGGUUCUGGAGGCCCGAGGCAAUCGCGCGAUUGUUCAGGUCUUCGAGGGCACUGCUGGCAUCGAUGUGAAGAAGACCCGUAUCGAGUUUACAGGGCACAGUUUAAAGCUCGGCGUAUCAGAAGACAUGCUCGGGCGUAUCUUCGAUGGUUCCGGCCGUGCGAUCGACAAGGGCCCCAAGGUGCUUGCCGAGGAAUAUCUGGACAUCAAUGGCAGCCCUAUCAAUCCUUACUCAAGAGUCUACCCCGAAGAAAUGAUUUCGACAGGUAUCUCUGCCAUCGAUGUCAUGAACUCAAUCGCUCGCGGUCAAAAGAUCCCGAUUUUCUCAGCCUCUGGUUUGCCACACAACGAGAUUGCUGCCCAAAUUUGCCGGCAAGCAGGCUUGGUGCAGCGGGAGGGCGUUACAAAUAAGGGUGUGCAUGACGGACAUGAAGAGAACUUCUCAAUCGUCUUCGCUGCCAUGGGUGUCAACCUGGAGACUGCCCGUUUUUUCACCCGUGAUUUCGAGGAGAACGGUAGCUUGGAGCGUACUACACUUUUCCUUAACCUGGCCAAUGACCCGACGAUCGAGCGUAUCAUUACCCCGCGUCUUGCUCUUACUACCGCCGAGUACUAUGCCUACCAGCUCGAGAAGCACGUUCUGGUCAUUCUCACCGAUCUCGCUUCAUACUGCGAUGCUCUUCGUGAGGUGUCAACUGCCCGCGAAGAAGUCCCCGGUCGUCGUGGUUAUCCAGGUUACAUGUACACGGACCUGUCUACCAUCUACGAGCGUGCCGGUCGCGUGGCCGGCCGAAACGGUUCCAUCACACAGAUUCCUAUCCUCACCAUGCCAAACGAUGAUAUCACCCAUCCUAUCCCCGAUUUGACUGGUUAUAUUACAGAAGGGCAAAUCUUCGUAGACCGCCAGCUCCAUAAUCGUGGUAUCUACCCGCCUAUCAACGUGCUGCCGUCGUUGUCACGUUUGAUGAAGUCGGCUAUCGGUGAAGGCAUGACGCGCAAGGAUCACGGUGAUGUGUCCAACCAGCUGUAUGCCAAAUACGCUAUCGGUCGUGAUGCCGCGGCCAUGAAGGCAGUCGUUGGUGAGGAAGCUUUGUCUGCCGAAGACAAGCUCUCACUUGAGUUCCUGGAUAAGUUUGAGCGCACCUUCAUCAGCCAGGGUCCGUAUGAGUCACGGACUAUCUACGAGUCACUGGAUCUGGCUUGGAGUUUGCUGCGCAUCUACCGCAAGGACAUGCUUAACCGUAUCCCAAAGAAGAUCAUCGACGAGUUCUACUCUAGGACACCCGCUGAUCGGAAGGGCAAGGGUAAGGCUACCACCAAGGAUACUCGCGAUACAGCUCAGGAGGAGGAGAACCUUAUCGAGACGUAA